CAGUGGCGCGGCUGCUGGACUCCGUCGACCUGUGGACCAACCAGAGAGCAGUCACAUGCUGAGCCUGGGAAGCGGAAGCAGCGGAGAGAGACGCCUGGGCAGCGAUGUAAACAGCCAGUGGGGAUGGAGGAUGGGAACACGCAGUAGCAGUAGUGCGGGCGGAGGAGGAGCUUCAGGAGAUUCUCCAGGAGGCUUCAACAACAAUUCAGGAUCUCGUGGUCUCCAUGAUGAUGAUGAUGAGGAGAACGUUGACCUGGCGCAGGUAUUGGCGUAUCUCCUGCGCAGGGGGCAAGUACGGCUAGUGCAGGGAGGGGGGCCCGAAAGCUUGCACCUGGUACAGUCCCUAUCUGAUUCUGAUGAUGACAAUGACAGUGCUUGGGAGGGCUGCUUGGGGGACCGCUACAAUCCCCCUGAGAAUGUUUUAUUACCAUCUCAUAUAGUUGAUCCAACCCCGGACACUGCUGUACUGGAUCAGAGCCAGAUAAGAACCCAGGUUCUGCUAGCUACAGGAAGAAUAGGAACACGCAAGGAAAAGAGCAUUACACGCCAGCUACUGGAGAGAGAGCGAGGAGGGUGCGGUUUCUCCCAUGGAGAACGCUGCCGUGUGACAUCUCACUUUCUGCCAAACCAUGUGUUUGCCACAGAUUCAUACUCUCAGAAGGCUUUCUGUGGAGUGUAUUCACCAGAUGGAUCCACCUUCAUGUCUGCCUGCCAGGAUCAAAAUAUUCGUCUCUAUGACUGCCGACAUGGAUCCUUCAAGAAGUUCCGGACCGUGAAGGCUCGAGAUGUGGGCUGGAGUGUCCUAGAUGUUGCAUUUACUCCAGAUGGGGGGCACUUCUUGUACUCUAGCUGGUCUGACUACAUUCACGUUUGCAACAUAUAUGGUGAUGCAGAAUCGCACACCGCACUGGACCUCAGUCCUUCAGACCGACGAUUUGCUGUUUUCUCUCUCACUGUCUCGUGUGAUGGUCGGGAGGUGCUCGGUGGAGCCAAUGAUGGGUGUGUGUAUGUGUACGACAGAGAACAAAACCGUCGAACACUGAAGAUUUCCUCUCAUGAGGAUGAUGUGAAUGCCGUCUCAUUUGCUGAUGACAGCUGCCACAUCUUGUAUUCUGGUGGCGAUGAUGCUCUGUGUAAAGUGUGGGACCGUCGUACAAUGCGCGAGGAUGAUCCUAAACCAGUGGGAUUGUUAGCUGGUCAUCAAGAUGGUAUCACAUUCAUUGACAGCAAGGGAGAUGCCAGAUAUCUGAUUUCUAACUCUAAAGAUCAGAGUAUUAAACUCUGGGAUAUUAGGAGAUUUUCAGGACCAGAGGGCCUUGAAGCCUCUCGCAGAGCUGUGACCCAACAGAACUGGGAUUACCGAUGGCAACAGGUGCCCAAGAAAGCUCUCAGGAAAAAAUGCCUUCCUGGAGACACGUCUCUGAUGACUUACCGUGGCCACGGAGUGCUGCACACUUUGAUCAGGAGUCGUUUUUCCCCUGCGUACAGCACUGGCCAGCAGUAUGUGUACAGUGGCUGCUCCACUGGUCGAGUCGUAAUAUAUGACUUGCUAACUGGUGAGAUAGUGAAGAAACUGACAAACCACAAAGCAUGUGUACGGGACGUGAACUGGCACCCAUGUGAUAACAGGCUUGUGAGCAGCUCUUGGGAUGGAACUGUUCGUGUCUGGGAACACCGUCAGUCAGAGAUUUAUGAAGAGGAUCUGCAUAAAGCACCCCUAGAGUCUGAAGGCAGCCCUGCUAGCAGUUCAUGUUCCUGGUAGACUCUUGCACUGACCACUGACUGGCUUGCUAUGAGACUGAAGGCAGACGGACAGCUCAUAAAAUUAUAUAUGCUUUAUAUGUGUGGCCGGAUAAAUGUGAUUGUAUGGGAGAAUUUUUAUUUAGGGACUGGUAAAACAAUGAGUGGACUACUGACCCUACUGAGGUUAGUUGGCCAAGUGGGCGAGCUCUUUAUAACGGAUGUCACAGUUUUGGUGUAGGGUUCGUUUGGAACACAGCAGCGACACCUGUUUUGACAUAUGCUGAACAGAGGACACUUCCAUGGUGGUGGUGUUGUGUUCCUGAUUCCCACUUCUAUAAUAAACAUGUCUCAAAUA